AUGGAGACCUUUUUCCGGAAGAAGAGCCGCCCCCGGCAGUCCUCUCUUUCCUCCCAGGAUGCGCACGACCGUUCUCUCCGCCCGCUCUCUUAUUCGUCCAUAGCCACAAGCCGCUCCGGCGAGUCCUCCCGUCAGUCUCGAGUGUCGCCGUCUCUCUCUCCUCUUGAAAGUCAACAUACCCACUUGUCCAGUCUAUCCCACCAUCUCCACCGCCUCGCCGCCGCCGAUGAAUUCCAGUUCCCGCGCCCCGACGACGAGAAGGUCGAGGCUAUGUUCCAGAACAUCAUGCGCUCUCGCGGCCUGGACGACCUGCCAAACGUGUCUAUUGACCAGAAAUGGAGCAUGGUCUGGAGCGAUGAGCAGCUCAGGUGGAAGGAGGAGAGGCAGCGCGAGGAGCAGAUCAGGAAACAGCACUAUGGCUCCGGGCAGCCCCCUUCGUUCGCUGAAGGAACUCCGGAGUGGUACAUCAAGAAGUUCCUCGACAAGACUAUCACGUCUAAGCAGGCGACAGGCUUGGGUGUAUCGCUGAGGAGCAAGGAUGUUGAUUGGUUCAGGGACUUCAUAUCGCUCCAGGGUACCUCUGUCCUAGCUCAAACACUUCUGCAUAUAAGCCGCAAGGGUCCUCAGAGGCGGAAAGAUGACAUCGACCUCGAAUACGAGAUUGCGAAGUGUCUCAAACACAUUCUCAAUCAGGGGUUUGCAAUCAAAGACUUAACUGGCCAUCCGCAAAUCGUCAUGCAAAUGACAGCCUCGUUGAACAGUCCGCAUCUACUAACGAAGAAGAUCAUUGUGGACGUGCUUACUGGCCUGACGUUAUUCGAACAUGGCCAGAUGGCUCCGCUUGUUCUAGAGGCUCUCGAGUCACUGAGCACGUCCAACGGCGAGCCUGCGUCCUCCUAUGCUUACUGGUUCAAGUCACUCGAGAGCCUCGUCUCUGGCAGGGGCAAGAUGGGCACACGAGUUGGCGCGAGCGAAGAGGUCAAGAAGAAUGCAGGACAAGAUGCGUCGCUGAAUGAAUACGCGGUAUCGAACCUAUUCCUCAUCCUCGCGAUCCUAAACUGCUUAAGUGAGCUAGAUGUGCGCGUACAUCAGCGGUCCCAAAUGGAGGCUGCAGGGCUGCAGCGCAUUUUAGCCUUGUCUCGUUCCUUCGGGGUUCAGUCAGUCGACUUCCCCAUCGACGAGAUUGAGAAGAUCUUCGCCGAGGACGAGGAUAAGCUUCGGGCGCAGCUGGACUCGCAGACGCUGCGUGAUUUGUCAAGCGUCGAAGACGUAUACCACGCCCUGAAAGCCAAGACCGACGAGUCUAAAGCUAAGGAUUACUUGUUGUCCAUGCUUCAGCAUCUCCUCCUUGUGCGCGAGGAAGGCGCGGAUAUGGUCCACACCUUCCAGGUCCUCGACACACUUGUCACCGAUGUCGUUAUGGACAAGCGGUAUAACCGUGGGGAGCAAAAGCUCGGUCAAUCGGUCGCGCGCAUCAUCGCGCAGCUAAACGAGGCUGACCGAUAUCAGCAAAUCGAGGCGGAGCUCGCCAAAGCAAACGGCGCUGCACUGCAUUAUCGACACGACAAGGAGGUGCUAGAGGCAGAGAUUGCUCAGGGGUCAGACGGUCUGGUGGGUACGCUGAAGGAGAGGAUUGUGAAGCUCGAGGAGAAGUUGCAGGUUUCGAGAGACAAUACGUCGCGCCUUAAGGGCCAGUUGGAGACGCAGAAGGCUGGCUACGAAGAGCAGAUUGCACAGCUCGAAGCCCAGAUCAUGGAGCUUUUCCGGAUGCUCAAGGAAGUCGGGAAAGGUGUCAACAAGAUCUUCGAAAACGCCGGUGGGAUGGACCGCAAGACGUUGAUCGAUACCCUCGAGAAACACUUCGAACGCAACAAGACGAUUAGCAUCCUGGAGGGGCGAGACAAGAGAAAGAAGAAGGGUGAACAGGGGCAAGACAGCGACGAAGACGACCUGGAGGACGAGAGCACACCCAAAAAAACCGGUAGCCUUAGGAGAACACGGCCAUCGCAAUCCAAAGGUCGCGCCAAGUCAACGAAGACCACCAGUGUGGCAGAGGCCGCCGCUGCUGCGCACACAUCACAGUUCAUGGACGCAGACGACGCGCUUGUACAAGAACAGAUCCAGCAGCAGUUGGCGGAGGGCGCGAUGGUGCUGGCGAAGUAUCCUAAUCGUAACGGCCCACUAGCGAGUCCCCGGAGUGUCCGAGGUUCCCCGCGGCGCAAAGACAAUAUGCGACCGCCCUUGGGCGAGUUUGUGGCGUCGUCCUCGAAGCUCAGCCAGGUAGUUUCGGACGAUCUCGGUAGUGAGCGUAGCAUUGGCUCCGUGGCCGACGAAGACAUGGAAAGUGACUUCGGACGGACAUCAUCAACGCGAAGUGGUUUCUCCACUCUUACAGACCCCACUUCAGUCAGCUCCGCUACUUCGGUUGACAGCAGCCGGACAGGGACAUCCUCUGCUGCCCCCUCCGCGCCCAGCUCUGCCCGGUCGUCUACGUUCCUAGGCCAGAAUAUCAACAAUCUUCUGUCAGCACGUAAGGAUUUGUCGAUAACGCCCAGUACGAAGAUGAAGCAGCUUCAAUGGGACAAACUACCGCAACAACAGGCAGCGAAGACUGUCUUCAGUGACGACGAGCCUACGAAAGAGGAGCAGUGGAUGCUCAAACUUCAGUCUGAUGGCGUAUGGAGGGAAAUGGAAGAGGACUUCAAGGCGAAACAGCUCGUCAUCAACCUCAUGGCGAAGCAGAAGCGCGCGGAGCUCAAGAGCGUGCUCGACCCGCAAACCAAGAAGCGCGUUGAAAUUCUCAUCCAGACUGUGAAGCGGCUACAGCCUGAAGAGAUAGCGAUGAAGAUCAGGCACUUCGACCAGGUGGUCUGCACACCGGUUUUUCUGAGCGAGCUCAAGCCCGUGUUGCCGAACCCUGAGCAGGUCGGCAAGCUCAAUGUGUACCGCCAUGCAGAUCCUGAGGAGCUCGCCGGUCUUCAUCCUUCAGAUCGUUUGAUGGUCCAGCUUAUCAAGCUCGAUCGUCUUGCUCCGCGGAUAGAAGGUAUGCUAUAUAAGUGCACAUUUGAGGAGACAUGGUCGUUGCUCGACGAUAGCGCUCGGAAGUUGUCGGAGGCCGGUAACGCCUUGCUUCAUGCAAAGCAUUUCAAAGAGUUGUUGAGCUUGAUACUCCUGAUUGGGAAUUACAUGAAUGGCACGGGUGUAAAGGGCGGAGCGUUUGGCUUCAGAGUCAGCAGUAUCAACAAGUUAGUCGACACGAAGUCCGUUCACAACACUACUCUUCUACAUUUCCUGGAGCGUACGGUGGCGAAGCACUUUCCGGACAUGGAAGCAUUUCUGGAUGAGUUGAGUGCUCCUGCUGAGGCCUACAGAGUCAGCUUGCAGGACGUCCGGAAAAGUCUCGGAGAGCUACGUGAAGGCCUUAAGUCGAUACGCCGAGAACUGACAGAGCACUUCGCGGACGCUGAGCAAACGGAUCGCUACGGAGCGCAAAUGUGGGCAUUUGUCAGAGAGGCCACUUCCCAAGUCGAAGACCUCGUGGACGAUGUAAACAACGCGGACGCCAUCUAUUUGGAGGUGGUCAAGUAUUACGGCGAAGAUGACAAGCAGAUGAAUUCGACGGAGUUCUAUGGUACCUUCAAGACGUUCGUUACGUCCUAUAAAAAAUGCAAGUCGGACAAUCAGGCCAUUGCCGAAGAGCGGCUGGCGGCGGAGAAGAGGAGACAUGCUGCUGAGGAAUCGAAGGCCAACAGGCAGAAAGCCAUCGACGACGCUGCAGCAGACGAAAGCGAGGACACGGCCGUCCUGGACAACCUUUUGGAGAAACUACGUAGUGGUGACACAGCGAGCCGCAAGGCCCGGCGAACACGGCCAAACACGGUGGCACGUCCUGCAGCUCCAUUGUCGCUGGAUCCAGAGGCUCUCCUGGAUGUCGGUUCCGGCGACGCAACGGUCGACAUUGCCAAGGACAUGCUUGCUCGUCUCAAGUCAGACGGUUUUAGCACUCAUCCAUCGUCUCCGUCUAGCACUACAGUCAAUCAGAGGCGAAGUCGACGCAGGCUCGACGCAGGUUCCGUGGAUCUUCUGUCCGAGGAAGUGGAUGCAUUAGCUGCAUCUGAACAGGGGACGAUGGUACCUGCUGCGAUUGAUGAUGAGGAUUCAGCAGCGGAGGAGUACACGCUCGUCGGUUCAGUUGUGGAUCAUGACAGUGUGUCGGGUGUAUCAUAG